AUGGCGGCGUCCAGCGGGGGCACCAAACGAGGCGCACCGCCCGCGGAGCCCUGCGCCCGCCCGGCCGAUCACCCGGGCCCAUCCGGCCUACAUGACGUCCGCGCCCCAGCGUUCAGCCGACCCAGGCUCGUGGAUCCCGAGGAUGCCUCCCAGCUCGUCCGCGUUGCGGCGUGGGCCGCGGCGAUCGAGCCCCGGCGCGCCGCCGCCCUGAUGAAGGAGUUGGCCGCCAGGGCCAAGCUGCCGGACGCCCUGCAGCACCUCAAGCGCAUACGGCGGGGACCGUCCCCCGAGUCUUCCCCCCCCGUGAAGCUGGACGUCCUCCUGUGGCCCGUUGGGCCGGAACCCGCCGGCGCCGGGUCGAAUGAAUCGGUUUUCAGGUCGGAUGUGUCCGUUUUGGAACCGAAUGCAUCGCUUUUGAGGUCGGAUGAAUCAGGUUUUAAUUCCGUUGGUGGGGAUCGCGACCCGCUGGAUGACAUGCCGGAAGGGGUGGCGGCCGUGGUAAGAGCAUUUGGCCUCGAGCCGUUCGCGACGGUGGUGGCGGGUUCGGCGCCUCGAGACCGGUCCCAGUGGGCCGAGUGGAACAAGUUGUGGCCGAUCGGCUGGCGGCCCCCGGAGCCGCACCCGGGGGCCGGCGCCGGGGAACUGGACGCAGAUGAGGCCGCCCGGGCGCGGCGGUUCAUGGGGAUGGCGCUGAGGGAGGCGGAGGCGGCGGGAUGCGGGAAUGCGGCUGUGAUCGUGGAUCCCGCCAGGGAGAAGGAGGAUGGCGUCGUGGCGAUUGGGUUGGAAGGCUGCGAUCGGGACCCGCUCAGGCACGCGGUGAUGGCGGCGGUGGAGGGCGCCGCGGAGAGGGAGCGGGCGGUCUGGGGGGAGGCCGGGGAGGAGAAGGCGCCAAAGAGGAGGCGGAUGGGGGUGACCGAGCAUUCGGAAUCAAAUUUCGGGGAUCGGACACAAUUUGAGGGUACUGGUCAGGAUUCAAUUUCAGGGGAUUGCAGGGGAUGGGAUUCAAGUUCAGGGGCUUCACAGGGCGGCGGAGGGAAAAUGGCAGGAGGCGGGGGCUGUGGGGACAGGGAGGGAGAGGGGUUUGGGGAUGGUGGAGCAGGGGGGGCGGGGGGGAGGCCGUACCUGUGCAGCGGGUUUGAGUGCUACGUGGUGAGGGAGCCGUGCCUGAUGUGCGCCAUGGCCCUCGUGCACUCGAGGGUGGCGCGGGUGGUUUAUUGCCAGGCGGACGCCGGGGGCGGGGCGCUGGGCGGGCGGCACAGGCUGCAUGGCGAGCGGAGUCUCAACCAUCACUAUGCGGUUUACCACAUGCCCUUGGAGAACGAUUCGGAGUGA